AUGGCUUCCACAAAUCCCUCAUCGCAAGUGCCCUGGUUCGAGAUGGAGCCAGCUAAGAUUGGGAUGAAAAUACCCUGUGCUUUCAUUGGAGAGGUCGCUUUGGAAAGUUACGGCGUCGAGAUUCCCGUUAGGCUGGGAACCACCCUCAUUGUCGCCGACGCAAAAAUACACGAAGCAGCCGAAGCUCUCCGUACCAACGGCCUCGAGCCCUGCAAAGGAGGCGAGAAUUGCGACUGGGAGAACGAUGCUCUAACUGAAGAAGCGUCAUCAGCGGCGCCCUAUCAUUUUCACCUUGAACAUGGCCCACAAGGUAGCCCUCCGUUUUGGUGUGAGUCGCUCAAAGUGUACAAGAAGUCUGAUAUUGAUCCAAAGCUGCCUGAUCCUGGACUGAGUGUUCCAGGGCCUGAGGAUCGGAAUUACAUGGCUGUUACGGACCCUCGCUUGCCGCAACUGGGGCAUUGGAAGAGCGGGACGUAUCCCGUUCAGAUUCUCUCAAAGCCACGAUUCUUCGAGACAAUGUUCAACCAGGCAGUCAAUUGUCAUCCAGAUGGAUUGCCUGAUGAUCAUCUCACCCCCUGGGAAUGGAAUGUGUUCCGGCUGAAACAGAUGGGUGAUGGUGGACAGCCGAACAGCCACAUGGUCGAGGGUCUUGAAAUGCCGGCGCGUCGGUACAUUGAGCUCCUCGAUAUGGAAGACCUUAAGCCCAGCCGAGAUUUUCUCGCUCAGGUGAGACUUGGGAGGAAUGGCAAGGGUUUGUAA